GCUCCCCUCCACGGAGGUGUGGGCUGGGGGGCUCUGCCAGGCCCAGGAUGGGCGGAGCUGCCAUAUCCCGACGAGGGGAGGAGAAUCAGGAGCGGCCGUGCAGAGUGGGCCUUGCUGUCGGGGAGCGAUGGAGGGGUUUUUCCGGGGUGGGGGUCCUGGCGACCUGCUGUGCAGCGCGGCUGCCCGCGGGGACCGCGAGGAGGUGCGGAAGCUGCUGGAGGCGGGAGCGGAUCCCAACGGGACUAAUUGUUUCGGGAGGACUCCGCUCCAGGUGAUGAUGCUGGGCAGCCCGCGGGUGGCCGAGCUGCUGCUGCAGCACGGGGCAGACCCCAACCGCCCCGACCCCCGCACCGGCUGCCUCCCGGCUCACGAUGCUGCCCGCUCCGGCUUCCUGCAGACGCUGGUGGCCCUGCACCGGGCCGGGGCGCGCCUCGACCUGCCCGACGGCCGCGGCCGCCUCCCCAUCGACGUGGCGGAGGGGGGUCCGCACGGGCCCGUGGGCCGGUACCUGCGGCAGCUGCAGCUCCCCCCCGCCGCACCGGCGGAAAGUGCUGAGCCCUGACCCGCCCCUGCCGCCCCUCGCCCCGCCCUGCCCGCCGCCCCCCGCUCCGCAGCGCCAGGACCCCCGGCCGCAGCCACCCCCGCUCGCAGAGACCCUCUCCCCGCCUCCGCAGCGGGUACCGGCCAGGACCCCCGCCAUCCAGCCGGUGGUGCUGCGGGCUGCAGAGAGUGGUCUUCCUCUGCCCCACAGCUUCUCCCGGGCGCUCGGUGUCCCGCUACUGCCAGGCGACUCGUGCUGUUGCGUUUUCUGAGAAAGAGUGUAAAGGACAAAAACACGGCCGAGGGAGUGUUCCUGGUCCUCCCGCCGGGCAGGCUCCCAGGAAGACAGGCAGCAAAGGCCGGUGCUGCAGAGGAAAAACAAACAAACAAACAAAAAACAACCCACCAAAACAAACAAACAAAACAAAACAAACAAACAAACAAAACCAACAAAAACACAAACAAACAAACAAAAACAACAAAAAAAACGAAACCCACUCGGCGCUCUGCGCCUCCAUUUAUUAAGUUGAUGCGGUUUAGAGAAACGAGCAACUCCGUUUCCCUGAGCGACUUGCUCACUGUCCUGCAAGCCCCUCCUUGGUCUCCAUCAGAUAUUUACUCACGAUAACAUUUUAUUGAUUUUAUUGAUUAUAGCAAAAUCCUGCAGAGCUUUGCCUUUAGUGAUGUCUUGAGAUUCUUUUUAUAGCUCUGUUAAAUAAUGAACGCUUCAGCCAUCCCAUUUACAAAUUGAAUUGUUCAUCUGAUUUUCUACCUGCAUCAGCUCACCCAACUUAGAAAGUCUUGAAAUAUUCAACACUGUUAGAGAUUACAAUUUGAGAACGACUACAAACAUUUUGUAUAGAUGUAUUCAGGCAAGGCUAUUAAUCUGAAAAACCCAUUGGUAAUAAUUUCGACACUGCGUGGUUUUGACAUUUGGAGAUACCUCGUUCAUUUAGAAGAUCUGGGCAACGAGCUCGCUAUUUUUAAGACAGAUUUCCCGGUCUCUAAACCAGACAUUUGGAAAAAAUCAAAACAAAACAAAACAAAAAAAGACCGAGCUUGGUUAUAUGUCUGAAUCUCCUCAUAUCCGUUGCUCCCGUCUCCCUACGCAAUUUCCAUCAUUUAUCCGGUUUUGUCCUGGGGAUGAAAUGCCUAUUCCUAUUCAACAGCAAACUGUUAAAGACCUUGGCUUUUAAAACCCAGUCCUUCUGUUCGACUAUUAAACGGUCCUGUAAGCAGCA